AUGACCCGGAACAGCUCCUCAGACGUCAUCACUCGUCACGAUAAAGUCUUCAUUGAGUUCUCCUGCAGCCAUCCUAAACCUCAGUUGCAGAAUGUGGCCUUCAAGAUUAUAGACAACUCUGUGGAAGCUUUCCUCCAAUCUGGAGAAUGGAAGUACAGCGUGACCAUGAAGGCUUACUCUGAUGCUGCCCACACCCAACUUUUGGAUCCAAAGAGUGAUAUCAGGCUGAACCAGAAGAUCUGGAUUGUUCUGGAGACCAAUGGUCUGAAUAAAGAUGUGGUUUCUGUGGUGACCGACUCCUGCUGGGCAACCAGUGAGGACUCACCCAACAGCACUCCCAGAUAUGACCUGAUCAGAGAUGGGUGUGCAAACGCAGACGAUGGAACAGUUAAUGUGAUGGGAAAUGGAGAAGGAACCUCCAACUCCUUCUCCUUCAACAUGUUUGAGUUCUCUGGAAAGGAAACUUCAGAAGUCUACCUUCACUGCCAACUGCAGCUGUGUGUUAAGAAGAACAACAACUGUGUGCCGGGUUGUUCUUUUGCAGGUCGAAGACGCAGAUCUCUCAGAUACAGACGUGGAGCUCCAGCCUUGAUCAGCAUGGUCUGGACUCAUUAGGUGAUUUCCACUGAAGUUUUGACAUUUCCAGACAUGAUCCCGGCUCUGAGCUCAAAUGUGUGAAAGAAUCUCAGUUCUUGUUGCUAUGAAUUAAUUUUUCAAUCAGAAUUUCAACUGUUGAUUUGAGGGUUAAAUUCAAAAAAAAUACUUUUUUUUUUCUUGCAUAUCAUUUUGAUCUUCUUUUCAGUGCUUUAGUAAUAACGUGGGAAGGGAAAAUGUGAGUUUCCUUUAGCUUUUUUAAAAAAUCUAACAAUAUGAUCUAUGAAUUUUAAAAACUAAAUCAAACUGUAUAUUCUGUAAUUUUGCUUUAUCAAGUCAAUUUGAAGAACUAUUUCAAAUUAUACAAAGUAUCUAAGAAUUAUACUGUUUUCUAUUUUUGACUGGUGAGUUUUUUUAUGGAUGUUGACACAUUCAUUGAAGACUAGCUAAAAAAAAUCAACAUAUUUCUAAAGACAUUUGGAGUAUUUGGACUUAUACCAUAAAAAGUGAUUCAUUGUGUGGGUUUUUUUUUAAUUUCCUUUCACAAUUUUUGGUUAAAAUUUAAAUAAUAAUGGGAAAUGUUUCGGUUUGGUCAAUGUAUUUGGUUUCAUUUUUUCUGCAUUUUAAAGACAAAAAAAUAAAGAAAAGGUGUGAUUAAAAAAGGCUGAAUUUUUAUCUGUGUUUACAUUUAUACUUGUUUUUUACAAUGUCAUUUGUUCACAUUACUCACAAUAAGUUAGAAAAAUCAUAAUUUACCUGAGUGUUUUUCCUU